GGCCGCCUUUGUCUCCCAAGUGACGAUGUUUACACACCGCACCAGGUACUCAUUUAAGGCCGAGUCGAUCUUGGGGAGGCCCAGGACCGGUUCAGAUAAUCGUCACUCGUGUUAAUCGUUAACGAUAAUCGAGCUCGGGUCUCUGCCGGAUUCGUAGCGCAGCGCACUAACCGCUGCGCCACCGCCUCCCACAAAAACAAGACAUCGCACACACGCAUGAACACUGGACCUCAUUCACCUCCCACGUGGCUCACGUGUUAGGUGAAUGAGGUCCAGUGACUCACUCGGUGAAUACCCUGGCCGUGCUCGCUCGCACGCACGCACGGUCACACCGUCGCUCAGACGCGCAGCAGCAGCGCUGAAGGCAUUCCGGGAAAGGCUCGCGUCCGGGGCGUUUCUCGGUUGGACUAUCUCCACCCUGGGCCGUGACGCCACGGCUCCACCACGGCGUGCAUGUGUAGCAGCCCUUGCGCCAGUCCCCUCCUGGAUGAGCAGCCCCGUGACGCCGCUCCCAAGAGCGGAUCCCCCGCGCUGUGCGCUGGCUCGGCCCCCGGAGUUUCCGUCAUCCUCGUCCCUCCGCGUGAGAGAGGUUCCGAUGCAGGCUCGGCUCUCCGGGGUUCGAGCCGACGGAUAGAUCCCCUCGACGGGGGUCCCUCCUCCCUCCGUCUGGGUCCGCGUGGGGCCCCGCGCCUCUUUGGAGCCAUGGGUCGGCCGCGAUGCCAGGAUCACGAGUUCCCCAGGGGCAGCGUCUGCGUCUCCUGCAGCAGCGCGGUGCCACUCACGCCCGGGUUCGGCUACACGAAACACUGUGGGCACGCCUCUCCCGAGGGGGGGCCCCCUGCGAAGCGUUGCGGCCUGGGGGAGUUCACGGGGGGGCUGGGGCUGUGCGAGCCGUGCUCGCGUUGCGGGGGCCUCGAGCGAGUCGCCGAGGGCUGCACCCCCGCCAAGAACACGCGGUGCUGCCCCGAGGGGAAGGAGGCGCACCUCGGCUCGUGCCGCAGUUUGUGCUGCGACUGCUCCCGGAUCCGGGGGGCCGAGGGGGGCUCGGGGCGGGACCCCGAGUGCGUGGGGAGGGAGCGCUUCCCGUUCCACUGCCACUACAGCAAGGCGGCCACGUGCCGGGUGCUGUCCGACACCCCCAGGCUCCCCAUGACCCCCACGGUCCUCACGCUUGGUCGCAUCACACGGAUAAUCGAGGUCCCCCCUCUUCCUCCAUCUCCACCCAGCCCGGGUCUUCAGGGAGCAGCAGCAGCAGGUGGCUCCGAGGCGAUGCUCCUCUUGGCGAGUCUGGCUCUCUCGUCAAUGCUCCUCAUGCUCCUCGUGCUGCUCGCCACGCGGGGCCCUCGCUGCUGGAGGGGCCGCCCGCCCAACGGGGCCCGUGGGGCCCAGGACACCCGGGGGCAGGGAUCCCUGGAAUCGCAGAGAGGGGACCUGAAACCCCAGGGGGAAGCGUCUGCAGGGGACCAGAACCCCAUGCUGGACACCCAUACCCAGCUCCGAGAAGAGUCUCCUCAGCGGACCCGGGAACAGGAGCUGACAGAGCGAAUACACACCUCCCCGUGGUUCUCACUCCCGCUGGAGCGCCUGCUGGACGCGCUGGACGUGUGCGACCGCCUCUCCCAGCUGCUGGACCCGGAGCAGCUCCCGCUCGCCUCCGCGCGCCACCUCGCGUCGCGCUGCGGCCUCGAGCGCCGCGAGGUCGCCGCCCUUGCGGCGCGCGGCGUCAGCCUCACCCGGGCCGCCCUCGAGGUCACGGCGGCCCGCGACCCCGGGGUCACCGUGGGCAGCCUCCUAGAGUCCCUGCUCCGCAUGGACCGGGCGGACGCCCUGCAGGUCGUGUUGGGCGCCGCGCCACCGCCGCGCCACGGCGCCGGCUUGGGAUUCGGCGCGGAUUUGAGCGCCGCCGCCAACACCGGCAACGGCGGCGGCGGCGGCGGCAGCAGCGGCGACACUGGGACUAGCGGCACCAGCAGCAGCAGCAUGCAAUGCGGGUGUAGCGUCCACGUGAACGGGAGCGCGUACAGCAAUGGCUAUGCACGCGCCAAGGGGAGUGUGACGAGCGGUGCGGCGCACACCGUGAACGGGAGAGCGGCGCUCCCCGACGAGACGACUCGCCCCUCGAAUGGAUGCGCGGCGCACACCUGCGUGUGACCCACCCCACUCACUCACCCCACCCACCCUUGCUGACACACUCGGCGCGUCUCCCCGUAAAUGCCUCUAACACCGCGAGACGUCGUCACGUGUUUGGCUGUGUCGGGUGGUGGAGGGUUCUUAGCGGUACGCACGGCUUUGGCCAGAUCGUUCCGUCCUGGCCACCCUACCCCACCAAAAAACUAUGAAUCGUUAUAAAGUUGUAAAUAUCCUUAAUUUUGAAGGGGGAGGGGGGGGGGGGCUGGGUUAGGUGACUGUCGGUGCGUUAAUGCGGCCCAAACGGAUACGGGUAAACCACCCCCCCCCCCGCCACCCACGAUAUGUUGUGUUCAACAUUAUCUGGACGUUGGUAAUAAAGGUCAGCGACAAG